AUGCCCCUUGUUCCAAAUAUUAGUUUCCACAUGCCCUCAGCGUUCCUCCUGAUUGGGAUCCCGGGUUUGCAGGAAGGAUCUGUCUGGACAUCAAUUUUCUUCUGUUCCCUUUAUGUCCUGGCUAUCCUGGGAAAUGGAACCAUACUAUACAUAAUAAAAACCGAGGAGAGCCUCCACACCCCCAUGUUCUUCUUCCUCUCAAUGCUCGCACUCAAUGACUUGGCUUUCUCCAGCUCUACUGUGCCAAAGACUCUGGCGAUCUUCUGGCUGGACGACGGUCUUAUCGAUGCCACCAGCUGCCUGACGCAAAUGUUCUUCGUCCACUGCCUCUCAGUCAUUGAGUCAGGCACACUGGCCUCCAUGGCGUACGACCGCUUUAUGGCAAUCUGUUCCCCUCUCAGAUACAAUUCUGUCCUCACCUACUCCCUUCUGGAAAAGAUCGCCUUUGUUAUUCUGGCCAGAGCAGUUGUGGUCAUCUUCCCCAUCCCAGUUCUAGUAGGACGUCUGCAGUACUGCGGUGGCAAUGUUGUGCUGCAUUCAUACUGCGAUCACAUGGCCGUGGUCAAUGUGGCAUGUGGGGACACACAGAUUAACAGUGUUUACGGAUUGGCGCUGUCUCUCUUCAUCACCGGGUUUGACCUGCUGUUCAUUGGCCUGUCCUAUGCCAUGAUCCUACGAACCAUCUUCAAGAUGCCCUCCAGGGAGGCUCGUCACAAAGCGGUAGGAACCUGUGGCUCCCACAUCUGCGUCAUCAUCAGCGCCUACCUGCCGGGAAUCUUCUCCUUUGUCACCUACAGGUUUGGGAAGAAGACUGUCCCCCAUAAUGUCCACAUCUUCCUGGCCAACAUCUACAUUGUAUUUCCAGCUUUCAUGAAUCCGUUCAUCUACGGGGUGAGGACAAAGCAAAUUCGACGUCGUGUUCUGCACAUUCUUACUAUCAACCCAAAAGCAUUUCAUUCUUUCCGUUGA